UCUGUCGUGAGGCCAGAUAGCCUGAAAAACGAGCUGCCCGUGCUGCGUUGGCCGCAGUCCUCAUUCAGACGCGAAUCCGUUAACAUCGCGGUCGCCGAAGGGCACACAACAUCAUCUAUCGGCACGGCGACCAGCACAUGGCCGUCCAUGGAACGCAACACGGAACCAACCGAACCGACCACGCCCACGAAAUAUCCUGCAUAUCCUACAACUGAAUGUUUUUCAAAGCCAACGAAAUGCCAAGUGACGAUGCCAUUUUUAUAGACUUUUUCUAAAUCAAAAGAAACUACUGCGAGUACAGAUACCAAUAAAAUAGAGAGAUUACCAGCGACGGUCGAGGCGCCACUUAAAGUGCCUGCUAGCUUAUCCAAGACGGCCUGGCGAUGGCAGUGAACGGGAGGAUUCGCAAGCGCAAGCAUAAAAGCCAUCCAAGUGGCGACACUCCGACUCCGACGACAGCCACUAGCAUAACCGCGGCGGCAGCCACCAGAGCCCCCAGAGCCACCACAGCAGCCAUAGCCCCUUCAGCGCCAGGCAGGCCCUGGCCCAUGGUGGAGCACAGCGAAACAGUCGAGGAAGCCGCCGCCUUCGCUGGGGACUAUAAUAAUUUCACGCAUAAUUUCGUCGAUUUGCAGAACCUCUUGAAUUUCAAUGAUUUGCUGAGCACCAGCAAUAGCAGCAGCAGCAGCAGCAGCAGCGGCCCAAGCAAUGGGAUCGGGAAUGCCAGUGACAAUGGAAAUAGAAACUCUGUGGCCAGCAUCAGCAGCUCCUCGAGCGGAUCGAGUACCAUUAAAUUGAGUAACGGCGCCAUUAUGGACACUCUUUUGGGGACCGUUUUGACCACGGCCACGGCUACGGUGGCGCCUGCCGCCAGCUCUUUGUUAGCCACGAUUGCAGCCACUACCACGACAACAGCAUCGGUGGCGGCAUCCUCGUCGGCCCUGGCCAUCGCGGGCAGUCAGCAGGUGGUGUCCUUGUCGGGCCUGGCCAUUGCCGAGGCCACCUCAUCCACCUAUUAUGCCAACUUGCUGAACAUGUCGCCGGCCACCACCAGCCUGAUCGCGGCAGUGGCGGCCACCAAGUCCUACAACGACAGUUCCAUGCGCUGGGAGCAGUUCGACGGAAACGUGGACUUCGGCUUCGAUCCGCUCUACCGCCAUUCGCUGGCCAUGUCCAUUGUCUACUGCGUGGCGUAUAUCGUGGUGUUCCUGGUGGGGCUCAUUGGCAACAGCUUCGUGAUUGCCGUCGUCCUGCGGGCGCCUCGUAUGCGGACGGUGACAAACUACUUCAUUGUGAAUCUGGCCAUUGCGGACAUCCUUGUUAUUGUCUUCUGCCUGCCAGCCACUCUUAUUGGCAACAUCUUUGUGCCCUGGAUGCUCGGAUGGCUGAUGUGCAAGUUUGUGCCCUACAUACAGGGUGUCUCGGUGGCGGCAUCGGUUUACAGUUUAAUUGCCGUGUCCCUCGACAGGUUCAUUGCCAUCUGGUGGCCGCUGAAGCAGAUGACAAAGCGACGUGCCCGCAUCAUGAUAAUCGGCAUAUGGGUAAUCGCACUGGUGACCACCAUACCCUGGCUGCUCUUCUUCGAUCUUGUCCCGGCCGAGGAGGUGUUCUCCGAUGCCCUCGUCUCGGCCUACACGCAGCCCCAGUACCUGUGCCAGGAGGUCUGGCCGCCCGGCACCGAUGGCAACCUGUAUUUCCUGCUGGCCAACCUGGUGGCCUGCUAUCUGCUGCCCAUGUCGCUGAUAACGCUCUGCUAUGUGCUCAUCUGGAUCAAGGUGUCCACGCGCUCGAUACCAGGCGAAUCCAAGGACGCCCAGAUGGAUCGCAUGCAGCAGAAGAGCAAGGUCAAGGUCAUCAAGAUGCUGGUGGCGGUCGUCAUCCUGUUUGUCCUGUCCUGGCUGCCACUCUACGUGAUCUUUGCGCGCAUCAAGUUCGGUUCGGACAUAUCGCAGGAGGAGUUCGAGGUGCUCAAGAAGGUGAUGCCACUGGCCCAGUGGCUGGGCUCCUCCAACAGCUGCAUCAACCCCAUCCUCUACUCCGUGAACAAGAAGUACAGGCGGGGAUUUGCGGCCAUCAUCAAGUCUCGCAGCUGUUGCGGCCGUCUCAGAUACUACGACAACGUGGCCAUUGCCUCCUCCACCACUAGCACACGCAAGUCCUCGCACUACCACCAGAACAGCUCGCGGAAGAGUCCCAGCAGCAAGGGCAACGCCGUCUCCUAUAUCUACGAGCACAACUCCUUGCGGCGCCACAACAUGAUGCUGAAGCAGGACAGCAAUCUGUCGCAGCAGAUGCUGCUGAAGCAGGACUCGCACGGCUCCCGACAGUUCCUGAUCAAGCAGGAGAGCUCCUGCAGCGACGCCUCCGGCAUCCGGCGCCCGUUGUGCCAGCAGGACAGCAAUGGCUCCAAGAUCUCGCUCUCCAAGCAGGACUCGAUUGUCUCCUACAUGGAAUCGCGUCGCGCUCCCGGUCUCGGCCUGAGCGACUCGCUGGCGGACAGAGACAGUGUCUCGAUGGAGUCUCGUCGCGCCGGUGGAAUAAUGGUGAACGCCACGCCGGGAUCACUGCUCGACAAGCGACAGAAGUUUGUGAAACAGGACUCGGUCAUCUCGUUUGUGGAUCAGCGACCAGAGCCGCGACGUCAUCAGCUGGUAAAGCAGGACUCGGUCAUUUCGUUCGCCGAUCAGCGUCGUGGUCUGCUGCACAAGCAGGAUUCCCUGAAUCGAGCCAGUGAUGCGCCCACUCAUCAUGUAUCCAUACUGAAAAAGACGGACUCGCAGCUAAGCUACGUGUCUUCUUCAUCAGCAUCAGCCGCUUCUCCGCGCCGCAGUGCGGAUCUGUACGAGUAGGAAAUUAUUGAUAACAUUCUACCACUCUACCAUCCGUUCCACGAAAACAUCCUACGCAUCGUACAUACUUAUAUAUGGACUAGCUACAACCACUUGCAGAACAUUCUCGUACAUACAUAUAUAUAUUUAUAGAAACUAGACAGACAUUAUUCCACAAAUACUUGUCUCAUUCCUAUGGCAGCUACAUACUAUAUAGAUGAUAUGCUAUGACGAUCGAAUCCUGGUAUUUCUGACUUAU